UUGCCAUCGUCACAUACAAUCAGUCUGGAAGAACGUGAUCUAAUAUGGAAAUUUCGGUACUAUCUUCGAAAUAAUCGCAAAGCACUGACGAAGUUUGUCCGUUCGGUAGAUUGGGAAGAAAAAGAAGAAGCAGCUUAUGCUUUGCUUCUAGUAAAAGAAUGGUCACCACUAGAAGCCAGCGAUGCUUUGGAACUGCUAUCACCAACAUUUCGGAAUAUCGAAUUGCGGCGCUAUGCAGUCUCACGUUUAUCACAUGCUAAACCUGAACAAAUUCUACUUUAUUUACCACAACUUGUGCAGGCAUUAAAAUACGAGCGCUUCAUCAUGAGUGCUUCAAAAGAACUUGAGGCCUGUGAUCAAAAAGACAGUCCAAUUGCAAAUGAUGAUACGAAGAAAGAUACUGAUAAGUUAUCUAGUGAAACUAUUCAUCAGAUGAGAAUCGAGCAAGCUAUGCAAAAAUGCCUCACAGGCGAUGACCUUACAUCGUUUUUAAUACGUUCAGCUUGCAGUAAUCCAUCAAUCACUUAUUAUCUUUAUUGGUAUCUCAAAGUUGAGAUAGAAGCAACUGCUCAGGUCGAUUCAGAUAUGUCUCGUAUGUACAGUUAUGUUUUAUCGUUAUUGUUAUCGUCUUUGCGAAGUGGCGGCUGUGAUUUGAGACGUAGGGCUGCUUCUCUUGAUCAACAAGAGAUUUUAAUCGAAAUCCUAGUGUCGAUGGCGAGACUCGUAUCACAAGAAAGUGGUGGCCGGAGUCAAAAAGAGAAAGCUUUACGUCGAUCUUUGCGUGAGCAACAUGACUUGCUCAAUCUUUGCGGUCUUCCCUUACCGCUUGAUCCAACUAUACGCGUCAAUGCGUUGCUCCCUGAUUCUGCAGCACUUUUCAACAGUAACAUGAUGCCGAUGAAGCUCACAUUUAAAACUGAAAAUGAUGACCAGUAUGUAACUAUUUUUAAACGAGGCGAUGAUUUAAGACAGGACCAAUUAAUUAUUCAAAUGAUUCGUUUAAUGGAUGGAUUACUUCGAGCAGAUGGGCUUGACUUGCGUCUGACACCGUAUUCUGUUCUUGCCACAUCUACCUCCGAAGGAUUUGUCCAAUUUGUUAAAGCUAUACCUCUCCGUGAAGUAAUUUCUAGUUGGGGCACUGUUCAAGAAUGCCUUAGAUCCUUUAGACCAUCGCCAAACGGACCUUUUGGGAUUGAGACUGAAGUUGUUGAAAAUUAUGUGCGUUCCUGUGCUGGUUAUUCAAUAAUUUGCUACAUAUUGGGAAUCGGUGAUCGACAUUUGCAUAAUCUUUUACUGGCCGAAAAUGGGAAAAUGUUCCAUGUUGAUUUCGGUUAUAUUCUUGGAAGAGAUCCUAAACCGUUUGCUCCACCACCAAUGAAACUAACGAGUGAAAUGAUUAAUGGUAUGGGUGGAUUACACAGGUUUCUUUCAGCUACUUGGUAUUAUGAAUAUCGUAGAUUAACUGAUGGAAAAAUUUGA